CGUGUUUUAGCCAAACGUAAGAUUCAAGAACUAGUUGGACAAAUCGAUCCUGCUGAACGUCUGGAACCUGAAGUAGAAGAUAUCUUACUAGAAGUAGCGGAUGAAUUCAUUGAAUCAGUAACAACAUUUGCCUGUCGACUGGCAAAACAUCGAAAAUCAGAUACUUUAGAAGUGAAAGAUUUACAACUUCAUUUAGAACGAAACUGGAAUAUUCGAAUCCCUGGAUUUGCUUCAGACGAUAUCAGAUCUUUAAGAAAACCUAACGUACCUUCAAGUUAUCAAGCCAAAGUUCAAGCUGUCAAUCAUGCA